GUUUGUUCCCAAGCCACCCUGAAAAGUAAUUUGUCUACUGGUCUAUUUUCAAGUCUACUACUUGAAAAUUUUUAUUCCAUUUUACUACAUACAUUUCCACUGGUCGUGGUUGUCCCAUAUUUACCUGCCCUCGAUGUUAUCAGUCAAGGUCCAACCCAGCCUUUGCACAUCGAAACAAGCUGCCCGGCUAUCUAGAGCCGUGGUACCCUUGAUUCGAACCUCUACACUUGGAAGCUAUCCAGCAGGAAUCCGUGUUGGCAUUGUUACUGCCAGUUCACGGGCUUUCUCUACCACCCCAACCAACCACUUCAAGGACUUCUUUCCCAUCAAGGAGACGGAACAUAUCCGCCAGACACCGGCGGCAUGGCCACAUCACGGCUAUACUGAAGAGGAGAUGCUCAGUGUUGUCCCAUCCCACCGUCCGGCGAAGACAUGGGGCGACUGGGCCGCUUGGAAAUUCAUGCGGUCGUGUAGGUGGGGAAUGGACUUCUUCACGGGGAUGAAGAAGGAUCAGAAGGUUGACAAGACGAACCCUACCACCGCCGUCGACACGAUCCAGCCUUUGACUGAAGGUCAAUGGCUGUUACGAUUCCUCUUCCUCGAGUCCAUUGCCGGUGUUCCAGGCAUGGUUGCAGGAAUGCUACGACACUUGCACAGCAUACGACGACUUAAGAGGGACAACGGCUGGAUCGAAACCCUCCUCGAAGAAAGCUACAACGAACGUAUGCAUCUUCUAACAUUUAUGAAGAUGUGCGAGCCAGGCUGGUUCAUGAAGAUGCUCCUUAUCGGUGCUCAAGGCGUCUACUUCAACGGUCUUUUCUUGACAUAUUUAAUCUCGCCUAAGAUCACACAUCGGUUUGUUGGCUAUCUGGAAGAAGAAGCCGUUCACACCUAUACCCUCUGCAUCAAACAGAUGGAAGAGGGACAUCUACCAAAAUGGACCGACCCAAACUUCGUCAUUCCAGAUAUCGCUGUCCAGUACUGGAGUAUGCCCGAGGGAAAGCGAUCGAUGAAAGACCUCAUCUACUACAUCCGAGCUGACGAAGCUUGCCACAGGGGUGUCAACCACACUCUCAGCAACCUGAACCAGAAAGAAGACCCCAACCCCUUCGUCAGCCAGUACAAGGACGGAAAGGGCCCACCUAGACCUGCCUUGAAGGCAAUGGGCUACGAACGGGAAGAAGUCAUGUAAAAACCUAUGGGGGAAAGGACCUGCAGACUUUCUCAACGAACGCGUUGAAUUCAUCACUUGAUUACGGCAUAAAAGGGGCGCAGGAAUGGUUGAGCUUGCUUGCAUCGCAUUUGCAUUAUCAUCGGCUGAUUAGCGAUGUAGAACUAGAUUGGGACGGCGUUUGGCACAGAUUAUGCGGGAGAACCAGUCCCAGAUUGUGCUUGGACGAUGAUUACCUAGACAUCAAAAUACCCGUAUUAUACAGAUAUAGAAUGGACUGGAGCAAGAAACUUGCAGUGGUGUUUCUCCGGUCCGGGUCUCAACUCUUUAGAUUAACUAACAUGAUCUCUACUUUUCUUA